UGCGCGUGCGCAUCGCCGUGCGCCCUUUGGCCUCCGAGGCUUCCGUAGAACGAGAGGAAGAUGGCGGCGACCGUACUGGAACAUUUGGGUGCCUUAUGGAUGCAGAACCUGAGGAUCCGGGGGAGGCUGUGUUUGGGGAUGGUACCCCAAUCAUGUGUCCACACAAGUACUGCCCUUGACAUUUCUCGAAAAUGGGAGAAGAAGAAUAGCAUCGUUUAUCCUCCGCAACUGCCUGGGGAGCCUCGGAGGCCAGCAGAAAUCUACCACUGUCGAAGACAAAUAAAAUACAGCAAAGAUAAGAUGUGGUAUCUGGCAAAAUUGAUAAGAGGAAUGUCCAUUGACCAGGCUUUGGCACAGUUGGAGUUCAGUGACAAGAAAGGGGCACAGAUAAUCAAAGAGGUUCUCUUGGAAGCGCAAGAAAUGGCAGUGAGAGAUCACAAUGUGGAAUUCAGGUCCAAUUUAUAUAUAGCUGAGUCCACCUCAGGGCGAGGCCAGUGCCUGAAACGCAUCCGCUACCACGGCAGAGGACGCUUUGGGAUCAUGGAGAAGGUGUACUGCCAUUAUUUUGUGAAGCUGAUGGAAGGACCGCCACCUCCACGUGAGACCCCGAAGACGGCACUUGACCAUGCCAAAGACUACAUUCAAGAGCUUCGCAACCGGACCAUCAUCCACAGCCUGUGAUGAGGAUUCAGACCUCACUGUAUAUAUUUCGCCAUUUCUUUAAAAAAAAAAAAUAAACAAAAAUUCAAAAC